AUGAACCUGAAUGACUCCGACACGGUGCAUCAUGCUAUCACAUUUUGGACAGAGAAAGUCAACAAUCAAAAUUUUACAGUCUGCGCAAUGCGAUCUGGGAGGAAUGGAAACAACUUCAAUCCUUUCGCCACCAUUGAUUGGAUGGCGUACCAAGGAGCACCCCCCGAGGGAAUGACGGGAAGAAUCAAAAUGACAAAAUGGUGGUCAGGAACGAACUGUGCAGAUGUGACGUUUCGAAAGGACAAGUUUAAGGUUUCACCAGUUGUUCUUGUGACAUCUGAUCACCUAAGAAGUGGAAAGAAACACGACGCUGCGUUGGUCUGGACAGAAGAUGUAACCAAGGACUCGUUCAAGGCUUGUUUGCGGGAGCUGCAAAACUUUGACGGCAAGCAUCAAGACAUUUAUGUGACCUGGUUUGCGUUUGCUAAGUUACAUAAACCACUCUUCACUGAGCAUGGCUCUGUAAACUUUCCAAAUACGAAUCCACCAACAGAUAAAGACAACAACGCUUACUGCGAGUUUGUACACUUUACACGAAGUUACAAUGCGACACCAUCCGUCCAAAUAUCAGCCAAUCACAGCACAACAGCUAGUGGAAACUUGUCGCUAGUUCAUAACGGUGUUUCUGCGUGGAUCGAGAACAUGAAUGUGUCUGGAUUCAGAGUCUGCGUCAAGGAACUGUACGAGACCAGAUAUGAUCCUGUGUCAGUGAAUUAUGCAGUCCUAACAGACAUCUGCAGUCCCGGAUGGAGCUAUUUUAAUGGUUUCUGUUACUUCACAAGUGAUACCUGUACAGAUUGGAUCACAGCGGUAACAAAAUGUAGACAAGAAAACUCAGUCCUUGUUGAUGUCAACAACACUGAGGAAAAUGUUUACAUCCAACAUCGCCAUAAUGGAGAUAAAUCCUGGCUGGGUUUGAAUGACAGAUCGGCAGAGGGCGGCUUUACUUGGGUUGACCGUGGGCAUGGAAACUUUACAGCAUGGGCUGAGAAUCAGCCAAAUAACUUCAAAGAAGAAGAUUGUGUGCACGCACUUGGCGUGAAAUACAGCUAUGAAUGGAACGACGUGCAGUGUAGAGAUUGUUAUCAAUUUACUUGUAAGAAAGACUUAGAUGAAUGCCAACAUGAUCUGAAUUAUUGUCACAAGCUGGCCACGUGUACAAAUCAACGUGGCUCGUACAAGUGCAAGUGUAAAGCAGGAUACCCUGGAGAUGGAUUUGAUUGUUAUUACAGCUAUGCAGCUUCAAUUUGUGUAUGGAAGUACACGUCGAGCGCCUUUUUGUUCUCAUUGGUUAACAAGCCAGGCUGGGGACCAGUGAAACUGACCCAACAAGGGCGAUACAGUCACUACAGGAUCCAUUCCAUACUCAGUUGUUCUAGCUAUGGAUCUACAUUUGGUGCAGGAAACGAUCUUUACAUUGCCAGCUACGCCUCAUCCAACACAAAUUCUUUCUCAAACCUUGGAUACACCUACAGUCCACCAUCUGGCCACAGUUAUGCCACCUCCUUCACCCGAUCAUUCCUGGCAGGAAGUUAUCAUUUUCAACCUGAUGAAGUUGAAGUGUUUUACGAAACUACUUAA